GAACCAGAGCACAUAAUGCUGCACUACUUCUCAGCAUGCACGGUUUGUGUGCUACUGAGCCUGCAGCUGUCCUCGGCGGCUAUACACAAGCGUAGUGGUGCCCAGUCAGCCAACGCGCUGGGCCUUGAGCCUGCACAGCCGGAGCCAGCGAAUCCUGCAGUCGAUAGUGUGGAAAACACAGACCUCUUGAACAAGCUGAGCUGGAAGUGUGCCAACAAUGCUAGCUGCCUAUAUGGUGUGGCCAAUGGUAUCUUGCAGUCUUAUCGGCGCGGCGAGACCAUCAAGCUGGGUCUCUUUGACUUGGUGAAGCUGCCAGCAUUGCCGGCGGAUGAGGCGCGCAGCAAGAAGAAUAAAUGGGGCAGCAGUCGGGGACUGUCCAGCUUCAUGGAUUUUGUCAGCGGGAAUGCUGUACGCAUACCUGUGGGUCCAAUGGUCUUCAGUGUGCAGCGGGCCAAAGAUGACAGCGAUUACAUUGAGGUGGCGCUACUUAAGAAGGCGACCAGCAGCACAGGUAGGAUUAGCAGCGGCGGCGGCGGCCUGCUCGGCGGUGGAGGUGGCGGUUUAGGUGGACUGGGUGGUGACAGCGGCGGAGGCGGUGGGCUGCUUGGAGGUGGUGGUGGAGGUGGUAUUGGUGGCGGUGGUGGCGGACGACGGCGGCAUCAGCAGGACAAGAAGCAGUUCCAAAUGUACAUACCAAUGUAUCUGGCAGCCACGACAUUUGGUUGGACAAUGGUAGCCGCCAAGGCAGUAGGCCUUCUGACCCUCAAAGCACUACUCAUAUCAAAAAUUGCCUUUGUGGUUGCCGCCAUUGUGCUGAUCAAGAAGCUAAUGGACAAUGCGAGCGAAAAGAUGAUGUACCAAUUCCCGGAGCACUCGCCCUAUAUGAUGCCCUAUGGUCUGGACUAUCCCAUGCAUCCGGGCGAUUUGGCCGCAGGCGACAUGUACUCUUCACCUCUGCAUCAUAUGGCUGCUGUUGGAGGUGGUCAGUUACCCCUUUCAGGCCAUCCUGGUCUGGAGAGCCUGGCUGCGGAAAGCCAUAUGCACUCGCAUGUGGCCGGCGAUGGCAGCAACAAUACAAUGUUGGCCGCGCUCGGCGGUCUAGGCAGUGCAGGGCUGAAAGUGAAACGUGAGGAUUCUUGGAUAGCGAAGAGUAAGUCCACCCCCGCAAGGCGUCCGCUCAUCUACAACUACGUGCAGCCGCACAUGCCCUACUACCGCUCGUAG